UAGAUACAUCGCAAGGCUUUCUAGUAUUUCAAGCAUCCCCUAUGCUUGCAGGGAAGCAGUGAAGAAAAGAUGAAUGACUUGAUGGGGCUAUCAGAAUCUAAACUUUCUCCAGAUGAGAUAAUAUUACAAACCUGGAAUGGCAAGAUAUCUUGAUCUCUCCUUUUCAUAUCUCUUGGUGCGAAUUACUUGUGAGCAAGCAUAGCUCUCAGGACUACAGAGAGAAAGGCAUUCGCAUUUCAUGGCAAUACCAAUUACCAAGUUUCAUACGACCUUGUGAUCUGUUUUGGUUGUUCGUUUAAUUUUGUCCGGAAUUGUAAUUUAUUUCCUCAGUUCAUGAUCUGAGUUUCAAUCUUUCUAAAGCUGCAAGCAUAUAUUGCUUUUUCAUAUUACUAAGUUUUUUACUCUCUGUAGAUUUAUCAGAAAGAACCUCUGAAAUGGAGGGUGGAGGAAGCCAGCAAAAAUCAGAUGCCUCAGCAACAGCAGUUUUUGAGUUACCAGGAGAGCCUGCUAUUAUAAUUAAUGGGGUGCCUGACAUUAUCCCUAGUGAAAGCACUCCUGCUUUGCAUAAGACUUCGAGCACUGUUGAAGCACCAGUGCAUUCAGGUUUAGGUGAAUGGUUGGAAGGAAGAGAAGUUCUAAAGCUGUUUAUGGGGCGGUAUUAUUCGGGUGUAGUGCUGCAAUUUGACAAACAAACUGGAUGGUUCAGGGUUCUUUAUGAGGAUGGUGACUCUGAAGAUCUUGAUUGGCAGGAGUUGGAAGAGAUUCUCCUGCCUUUGGACGUUACAAUUCCACUCAAAUCGUUGGCACAGAGGAUUGUCUAUCGAAAAUACAAGAAACCUAUUCAUAAGUCCGGAAAGAUUGUGUCUAAUUCACAAAACCCUGAGGUCAAACGCACUCCCAGUAAAGGAAAGAUGACCACACUACUAUAACGGGGAGGAUCGUAGUUUGUUGAGAGGGACCGUUAAACUAUGGCUUAUUACAAGAGCAAGUUAGCUUCUAAAAAUGAAAAGCUUCCGACGGUGUUCUGUAGGAAAGAAUGUGAUCGGGGGAUUUGUCCCAGAUUUUGACGUUUUCUCUAGGUGUGUUGUAUUCUAGUUAGUUGCUGAGUUGCAGCGUGUUCAGCUGCAUCAAGAAGAAAUAUUACUUUUUAGCUGUGCAUAGUUGUUCGUUGCUACAAAACCAUGAUGUUUCCAGAUUCGUUAUGUAAUGCUUUUCUACAUUUUCA